AUGUCUCUUGACGACCGCGCCGAGAUUCCGCAGAUGCAGCCGGACCUGCAUGAGGAUCAACUGCAGGCCGUGGGCAAAGCAUUCGAUGCCCUUCUACUAACCCUGUAUCGACUCACUCACAGACACAAUGAUCUCAAGCAAUACACCCACGAAGCAUUUAAACAGUACACGAACGUGACAAGAUUACUGCCUGCCCAGGAUAGACCUCGUGCGAUAGAGGUACAGCAAAGGUUAUUGGAUCAACAGAAAGAGUUAUGUGAAGGCCUCGUACAAAGCAAGCCAGCCGUCGAAGAACAGUCGUUGAAUUCAAUGGAAAUAAUGAAGACGCUUGUUUCGCAUCAAAAUGUAGACGAAAAUUCUAUGCGAGCCAUCGUGGAUGGAAUAAGGGGCUACAAAGCUCUUGUCCGCGCGGACGGCUCAUCCCCAAUAUCCGCUGCCAAUUCGUGCCUUCUGGCCCGUGGGCCCGACCCUUCGGUAUCCUUGGAACAAGACUUCACCACCAACGGACCUCAAGGCAGCCUCCACUGUCCAUUCUCCAAACCCACCACCCCGCGCCCAGGUAGCGACAUGGCCUCUGGACGUCGUGACGAUGGACCUAAAAUCCAUAUUGAAGAUACCUGCGGGCAUGAUGACUUGGACCCGAUCAAGGCUGACCAGGAGGAGCGUCGUUCCAGUACUGCGCCCUCGGCCGGCCGAUCUUCACAAGGGCAUUGUCCCGUAUCUCGCUGCCCCAUUCGAUACCUGGACAAGCACUCCCCCGAGGAGAUUGCCGAGUACGUGGAGCGACAUAAACACGAGAUCCCCCGAAGCCAUGCCAUCUGCGUGAAGCGAUACCAGCGGGACCCGCAGAACAUGCGACAGCUUGACGCCAAGUACGGUGGUCUGAUCAACAUGAUCCGUGGCCUCAGUGCGAAGCAUCAGGCCUUCCUGCCCGAAAGAGAGACCAACGGGGAGGGCGAGGUGGACGAGCAUUCAGGCCCUUCCUCAUCCCCGGAGCGAGUCGAGAAAUGGGCCGAAGAGGUGGACCCGGUGACGCCGAUGCCUCCCACGCAGCCAGCGGACGACCGCGAGAGUCGAUUCGAUCGUCCUCUUCGAGAAGUGCGCGUGGGGGAAUCUCCAAGCCGGCCUUGGGGGAUCCCCAUUCCUCUUGCAGAACAACCACCUGCAACUGCGUCCUACCCCUUCCCGGGCUCGGCAGAUGGACCAACGCCCCCAGAAGCCUCUGUGGCCGAACCUUCGGGCUCGUCACCUCGCGCAACAAAAGUGAAACCCGCCGGUCGAUGUCCGUUCGGCCACGAUGCGUCCAAGCCUGAGAUGACCGCUAGUCCUCCUGCUCCAGCACCGGCGCCAGCGGCUGCUGCUACUGCUCCUCCUCCUCCUGCUCCUCCGGCUGCCCCAGCCGCUCAUCUCGAAUCGCCCUGGUCCAACUGGGGAAACGGUGGCCUCACCAACAAAGGCGAAGCGACUGGCCAAGGAGGAACGCCAUUCGGAAGCGGUCCCCCCCCGAUGGAUGGACAGGGUAUUCCCACUCAUGUCACGUUCAAUGGACCGGUCUUCUUUGGAUACUCUGCCGAGCAAACUGCGAGCCUGCUGCAACAGCUCGUGCAGCUGAAUAUGGGCAAGCCUUCAAGUUGA